AUGAAAAUAAACACUGCUCUGCUGUAGACGCUUGUCUAACAACUAGGUAGUAUGUAGAACAAUUGUAGUUAAAGAUAAUGUAACAUUAGCUCCCAUCACCGGAUUAUAAGACUGCCAUAUACGACCAAAUAGGUUUAAAAGUGAUUAGCUGUGUAGCUAGCUAGCGAACAUCGCGAUCAUUUCGCAAGUUGGCUUGCUGAAAUGUUAUUGCCUUCCCAUCACAUGAUGAGUCUUCAGAUAUCACACUGAUCUGUGUUCCUACUGCCGUCCUCUACAUUGUCAGCACAUGCACAGCACGGCAUGUUCAGCGACAGUCAGCAGCGAAUUAGCGUAAAAUAACUGUUUCAAAAGUUCAGUUGCGGUCUUUUGUUGCGCGCUCUAUGGCAGGGUAGGCAUUCCGAAACUAAAUAUCGCAAUCUCCAUAACUCUAUAGCCAGCUACCACGUUUCAAAAUGCCCCAGGAUGGAAGAAAAAAUGCCAGAAAAGUCAAAAGACCGAAAUUGGACCUAAAGUUUGUUCAGAGAUUCUGCAGUAUUCAGAGGAUUCUGUUCCCGUCCUGGUCCAGUGAGAGUGUGCUGAUGUUCGGGACUCUGCUCUUUGUCGCCCUCUUUGAGCAGCUGAUCAUUUACCAAGUGGGUGUUCUCCCAAGCCAGUUCUAUGAAGUCCUAGCAGACAAGGAUUUUGAUGGUUUCAAGAACCUUGUCAAGUUAGCGUUCCUCUUGAUACUGCUCAACUCCACACUGAAGAGCCUGGACCAGUACGUCUGCAGUCUGAUGUAUGUGAACUGGAGGCAGAGUCUGACAGAGAGCCUGCACCGGUCGUACUUCCAGAGCAGGGUGUACUACACCCUCAACGUGCUUCGCGAGGACAUCGACAACCCGGACCAGCGGAUCAGUCAGGACACAGAGCGGCUCUGCAAGCAGCUGAGCACCAUGGCUAGCAGGCUGAUCGUGUCGCCCUUCACUCUGGGAUACUACACCUACCAGUGUUUCCACAGCACUGGUUGGAUGGGUCCUGUCAGCAUAUUUGGCUACUUCGUCUUAGGAACCAUCGCCAACAAAUCGCUCAUGGGACCCAUAGUCUCCACUUUAUUCCUGCAAGAGAAGCUGGAGGGGGAUUUCAGGUUCAAACACAUGCAGAUCCGAGUCAAUGCGGAGUCCGCUGCCUUCUACAGGGCGGGUAAGGUGGAAUACAUGAGGACGGAUCGCAGGCUACAGGCCCUGCUGCAAACACAGAGACAUCUUAUGAAUAAGGAGUUCUGGCUUUACAUUGGGGUGAACACCUUUGACUACCUGGGAGGUUUCCUGAGCUACAUGGUAAUCGCCAUCCCCAUAUUUAUGGGGGUAUACGACGGACUGUCCCCAGGAGAGCUCAGCGGCCUCAUCAGCAAGAAUGCCUUUGUGUGCAUCUACCUGAUAAACUGCUUCAGCCAGUUAAUUGACUUGUCCACCACAGUGUCUGACGUGGCUGGAUACACGCACAGGAUUGGCGAAUUGAAGGAGGUGAUGGAUGACAUCAUCAGAAAGCAGUGUGACUACGACCCCGCUUCCGGGGACUCGUACGAUUUUGACAGUGACUUUAAUGUCCACGCCGGCCCUGGUGACACAGCUUUCGUCCUGGACAGACUGUCCUACAAGUCCCCCUUCUCGGACGAGCUUCUGGUGAAGGAGCUGAGUUUGAAGGUCUCUCAGGGGACUCACCUGCUGGUGGUGGGGAACACUGGCACAGGGAAGACCUCCCUGCUCCGCGUGCUCAACCGCUUGUGGGAGUCUUCUAGCGGGUACAUGGAGAUGACUUCCUGUUUCGGGCCGAGGGGAAUCCUCUUCCUGCCUCAGAAGCCCUACCUGACAGACGGAACCCUGAGAGAGCAGGUCAUCUACCCCUUGAAGGAGAUAUACCCUGCAUCAGGACAUUUCUCCACAGGGCCCGUUGAUGAUGAGAGGAUCAUUGAGUUCCUGGACCUAGCUGGAGUGGCCAGUCUGCUGAAGAGGACAGGUGGUCUGGACGAGACUGUGGACUGGAACUGGUAUGAUGCGCUGACGCCUGGGGAGAUGCAGAGACUGAGCUUCGCUCGACUCUUCUACCUGCAGCCCAAAUACGCAGUGCUGGACGAGGCUACGAGUGCACUCACUGAAGAGACUGAGGGCCAGCUGUACCGAGCCUGUAAGCAGCUAGGAAUGACUCUGUUCAGCCUGGGGCACCGGACCAGCCUGCAAAAGUAUCAUGACGUAAUGCUCAGACUGUGUGGAGAAGGCCGCUGGGAGCUGACCAAACUCAAAACGCAGUGACCGACGGGUGGGAGGGGCAGAGCAAGAAGGGGGCAGGGCAAGGCUGGCCCAAAUCCCUCCCUCCUAGAGAGACUUAUCAACUGUAGUUGUUGUGGGCAUUUGGAUUCUAUCCAUCACAGUUCAUAUCUCCUUUUUGUAGAAUAUUUUUCUAUUUUACAAUUCAAUAGCUAUAUCUAACAAAGAAAACUAUAAACUAUUAACAACGCUGAUUCUGUACUACUUUUGAAAGAGGAAUAUAAUGUGCCUUCUGAAAAUGCACUACCAGUUGAAGGGAUAUAAUUCAAAACUGUAACAAAACUUAACCUACAUUACAUUACAUUAUUGGCAUUUGGCAGACGCUCUUAUCCAGAGCGACGUACAGUUGAUUAGACUAAGCAGGAGACAAUCCUCCGCUAGAGCAAUGCAGGGUUAAGGGCCUUGCUCAAGGGCCCAACAGCUGUGCGGAUCUUAUUGUGGCUACACUGGGAUUAGAACCACCGACCUUGCGUGUCCCAGUCCUUUACCUUAACCACUACGCUACAGGCCGCCCCUAACCUAACGCUCAAGAGAGGAAUUGCGAGAACAAAUACCCUGAAACCACAACAUUGUUUAUCCCUCGCCCUUCUCUGUGAACGCGCUGUGGCAAUUAGAACCAAUUUUCAACCAAUGAGCUUGAAUUAUUGUAGAGAUGUUUUUGUAUAUUGAGUGUCGGUGCAUCAACUGUAUAUUUUGAAACCCGAAUUUAAGGAGCCUUUUUCAAUGAUAGGAAGGGAUUUACAAUGACCUGGUAACAAUGUUUUAACACAAAAAUCUUAUUCUUGCAGAUUCAUUGGUUCGAUGUCUAUAGAAAAGGUCUAAGAUCAAAGUCUAAAAAAGUCUCAAAGCUCUGACAAAGGCUGUUUUGCUGGUACACGUUGGCAACGAAAUAACUGCAUUGGAAUUUAAGAGUUUACGACCUUUCUUUUUAAGUUUUGCUUUCAAGAUUCCACGGUCUGCACCUCGCUAAACAGGGUGUGCGUUUUCCUUUUUUUUUUUGCGUCAGACCUGGAACCAAACAUGGAAUAAUUUGGCUGACCUCUCUUUUUAGUAACUUGGAUUGCGCUUUUCUUUGCCAGAAAGGACGUUUAACCAAGAGAUUCCUGCGGGUAAACUUUAGUAUUUUUGGGACCAAGGAUACAGCUGCUUCCUGCACAGAUUGGGGGGAAAAACAGCAGAACAGCAUAAGGUUUACAUGCUGUACUGCUGCUGUAUUUGCAAGCAGCCAUUUUGACUGGAGUACAGCGCUUUAAACAAAGCUAAACCUCAUGAUUGCUGGUUUGCUGCACUCUCUAUAUCAGCAGACAUAGUAUCCUAGGAAAGAGGAAGACGAGGUGUAAAGGAGUCAGGCUUUAACAAUUUAUUAUUGUCAUGGAUUCAAUGUCCUCCUGACCACUAACCUUCCUGUACACUGACGUAAAUGAGUGUGAAACGUAUUACUUAAAUAAUACGCCUAACUGAAUGAAAUAAUAUUUUAUAGAGCAUACACAAAAGAUUGUUUUUUUGCCACAGGACAGAACAUAGCCCAAAAAACCUGAUUUGCACAAUGCUUAAUGAAUGAUGUUUACUAAGAAAUGUAAUGUACUGUAUCAUAUAAAGCAAAGACAUAAUAAAGUCAAAGUAAUAGAUUG